UUAAGUGUCAAUUUAAAUCAUUUUUAGCAUCUAUUUAUAAUAUUUUAAAAAAUAUUUAAUACACCAGACCAAUUAAAGAGGAUUUCUAGACAGUAUCUCGGAAGAAUUUGUAUUUCUACAAUGUUAUCAUCAAAGGAAUCCAAUUCUUCACAACAAGGAAAUGUUUCAUCUAGACCGCCAUUAAGGAAAACCCACUUUCGUUAAGGUCGAUCAACUGAAACCUGGCUCUAGUGGCCAUAAUCUCACUCUGUUUAAGUUCCAACAUUGUUUUGAAGAAAGGAAGAUCCGUUUCUCAUAACCGUCGUCAUACUCAAAUUGCCGAGUGCGUUGUUGGUGAUGAAACUGGUAUUAUCAUCUUCACUGCUCGCAAUGAUCAAGUUAAUGUGAUGAGCCUGGUACAACCAUUAAUGUUCGAAAUGCAAAGAUUGACAUGUUUUAAGUGAACAAUGAGACUUGCAGUAGACAAGUGGGGUCGUAUUGACGUCACUGAACCAGCUACAUUCACGGUGAAAGAAGACAACAAUCUGUCCUUGGUUGAGUACGAGCUUGUCAAUGUCACAAAAUCGUGAUCUUUAAGCUAGUAGAUAUCUCCCAGUGCAAAGAGUUUGAAAACUUUGGAGACAACGUAGACUACUCCGGUAGCUUUGUUACGGAUAGGAAAUUUAUCUCCUUAGAUGAGUUACAUAGUUGGGCCGAUGCGAUAGCAAUAACAAUCGGUUUUCAAUUUACACGUGCUUCUUAUAAAAAGAAAGAAAGACGUUCUAGAGUUAGUGUCUAUUUAAGAUGUCACCGCUAUGGUAAUAUUAGGGGUGAUGUACAUAAUCUAGAUAAUACUGCCCGACCUGUAUCUAAAAGUAAAAGUUGCGGGUGUAAAUUUAUGAUUGUAGGAAGUAGUCGUAAACCACCAGAAAGACCUUGGACGGUAAGGGUGUGUCCUGGUGAAAAGGGAAAACAUAACCACCCGUUCUUGGUGUAUAGAGAUGGUCAUGUAAGGGCAAAUAGGAUUAAUGUAGAUAUUCGGGAGCACAUACGACAGCUUAGUGCAACCGGAAUGCAACCGGCCUUUAUUAUGAAUUCUAUUAGAGAUAAUUUUCCUGGUUUUAUGCUAGUAUGAAUCAGAUAUAUAAUAUUAGACAAUCAAUAAGGAGAGAAGAGAUGGAGGGUAGGACUCCCCUUCAACACUGUCUUCAUAUGGCCACAGAACUUAAUUAUGUGGUAUGGAUAGACUUGGAUAACGAAGGGCAAUUGAGCAGACUAUUAAUUGCAAAUCCUACCUCUAUCCAAAUGAUACGUACGUGGCCGUAUGUUGUGCUGAUAGAUACAACGUACAAAACGAACAAACAAAAGUGGCCACUAUGUGAAGUGAUCGGAAUGACGCCAACCAAUCACAAUUUCUUGGUUGCGUUUUGUUUGAUGCGAGAUGAAGCGGCUGUGUCGUAUUCGUGGGUUGCGUCUUAAUUACGUUCAAUGUUUUGUUUAAUGUAGAUGUGCGGCAUUUGUUAUGCAUCUGGCAUAUUGGCAACGACGUUGAGAACAUGGUGGACAAGUUGUGGGGCGGCAAGAAAUAUCAACAAGGGCAGGUAUUCAGGAAAAGUAGAUGGAACCUCUUGGUUGAAAGUUCUACGAUCGAGGAAUAUGAAGAGAGAUGGCAAGUGAUCGUCAGUACGUGGUCGGUUAGGAACAAAAAGGUCGUUCGGUUUUUGACUGGAACAUGGAUUCCACUGAGAGAGAAAUUUGUUUGUGCGUGGACGAAUGAUUGUUUACACUUGGGUAAUCAGACUACCAGCAGAGUUGAAAGCCAACACUCGUCUUUUAAGAAUUACCUUGAUAGCGGUAAUAGCUCAUUCGAUACCCUUUUCAAAAGGGCGCACGCACAGAUUACAAAUCAGCAAGCUAGAAUCCGACAAGCACUACAGGAAUCCAUGUCUUCUGUACCAAGAUCGAUGCGACAGCAUUACUUUAGACCUCUAUAUCGCCACGUAUCUCUCUAUGCCUUGGAGCAGCUCCAGCUUGAGUAUAACCGCAUGUUAGAACUCGGUGAUUUUGUGUUUAACAAAUGUGGUUGUGUACUUCAACAAACCCAUGGAUUGCCGUGUGCAUGUUAUUUAUAUAUGUCCAUCGGAUCACAUGGUGCUUUGUAUUUGGAUGACAUUCAUGAAUUCUGGAGUACUUUGAGGUACACAGAGGUAGCAGACGAAACCGAUGAAGGAGUACGAUACGCGAACGCCAAUGACAAAGAGUACUUUCAAUCUCUGGUCGAUGAAGUCCUCAAAUCUGAUCCCGCUGUUGUUCGCCGAAUGUCUCAGUUACUUGAAUAUGAACUACACCCAGAUGGUGCGGAAAUACCUGAGCCUUACGCUAGUCCACCAAGAAAGGGAAGACCAAGCACAAGUAAAACCAUGAGAAGGAGAAAAAGUUCAUUUGAAUAUAGCAGAUCAUCUUCUCGCGGUCGAGGGUCUAGAUCUUCUUCCUGCGGGAGAUCUAGUGGCAGAUCUAGUGGCCGAGAGACGCAAUCUUCAGUAGGAAUUAAGUUCAGUUUCAACUUAUCCGAUGAUCUUGGAGGUCGAGAUUUUUUACAGUUUUCAUGGCCUAAUAACAUCCCAUUCAUCCUUCCUCCUUACUUGUUCGACUGGAUUGAUGUGUUAGGUGAUGGUAAUUGUGGAUUUAGAGCAAUUGCCGUCACAGAGCUGGGAGGCGAGGAAGCAUGGCCUCUUUUAAGACGUGCUAUGAGUAUGGAAAUGCAAAUGAACAGAGCGCAAUACCUAACUUUGUAUCUAUCCCAGGAGUCACUAGACGAGGCUAUAUUCAGAAUAGGUUCACACGUUAAUGGGCCUGCUCCUUUCAUGCACUGGAUGGAUGCAUCGAUGGCUUUGUACUCUGCAGCAACAUUUCUAAACAUUGCCAUUGCUUAUUAUGGUUUUGCUGACGGUGAUUCGCAAUACAACUGUUUGGUUCUCCCGUUAAGGAAAGCAUCGGGCGUGAAUAGUGUAAAUAAAGUAAUACAUAUAUGUUGGGUUAAUGGAAAUCAUUUUGUUCAACUUUUAAUGAACGAUGAUUCGUCCCCUCUCCCGCCGAUCCAUCCACGUUGGAAACAAGCAGCUGACAAUUUCACCAAACAUCUUGACACACAUUUCAGUACGAGGAUUAUGCUCUGGAAUAAUCUAUGCGGGCCACGAUCACGACCAACUAAUACCACCGCUGACGAUGCUGUAAAUUUAGAUACUCCAUAGUUUGUAUAUAAUCCAUAAUUAUACUAUUGUGUAUACGAAUGACAUUCAUUGACGAAAAGAAAUGCAAUAAUUAAUGUAAAAUAGUUUCAGUACAGACUAUGCAGGGUCAUGCCCUUUAAAAAUUUGCCAUUCUUCAAAUAAAUCUCUACAAUGAUUAAGGUAUAUUUCUAACGCAUGUCGUUGACGGGGUUCAAAUCCGCAAGCUUAGCAGGUAGUCUUGCCACUGGAGCGAAUCGACUGGGCCAUUCAUUCAGGAACUGAAAACACAAAAGGAUAAUGUCCGUUAUUAAUUCAUUAAAAAAAACUGAAAAAAAAUGAUAAUAAAACUCACGUAUUCAGAUCUGCUCUGAGAAGGACCAGGACCGGAAGUAGGCCCUUCGUCCGGGGCUAUGUACGGGUGUGAGCACACUCUGAACCAAUCAACGUAAUUAGGUUCAGCCUCUGAAGGAACAGAAGCCCGACGAAGUCCCUGCUCAACAAGGCGGGCACUAUAGGGGAACCUACUCCAUGACUCCAAAUAUACAGCAGAAGAAGGAAAGGUCACGUAGUAGGUACCGUGUGCCGGUCGGAGAGCCUUGGCUGGUCUAAUAGGAGCGGGAGGAAUAGCCUGCACGAACCCAAUCUGUCGCAAUGUCCGCUCCGGCAAAUACACCUCCACAACAUCAAAGCACGUGAUACCCCCGAUUACGGUGGUGCGUGGGUGAUCAUUCAGCAACGCACCAGCAGCAGAAUUGUAGGGAGUCCAUUCAACCUGCAUACAAGCGAAGUUCACAAAAAAGUACUAUAAAUUGAAAACCACAUGCAUGACAAAAUGUAAUGUACAAUACCUGAGUCUCCGUCAAUGAGUCAAGAACCUUGCGGCAGUCCCUCAACCUGUCCAGCUCACGACAUGGUUUUUUCGGUGUCCACAUCUCCGCCCUAGUCAUGUUUGGCACAUCUUCUCGGCGAGCAUGAGGGCGGAAAGCGGGAAAGUAUUCAUAGAUCCAUGUCUGGAGCAAUGUGAGGCAUCCAGCAAUGGUCUUGCAACCAGCCUUAGAUGCCAUUCCGAGCUGCCUGUACAAGAACGCCAAGGUCACCGCACCCCAGGCCACGUCCUGCUGAUCGUCGUUCAUGGCAAGUAUCGGGUGAGGUCGCAUGCCAAUUCUGGACUUAUCCGCCAACAAGGUAGAGCCGAUGACAGCCAUGUAGUACGCUGUCUUCUGGGUAUCCAUGGCCUGCGACCUAUGACACAGCCGCAUCAAUUCAGCAACGCUUAUGCAUCCGCUGGUGAAUGAACCUUUACGCCGAAGCUCAGACAGAGGCUCCCCGAACAGAUUGGUGAUACCAACCUCCCACUCCGCCUCCGAAGACUCAGUCGGCAGAGAACCUUCAAUAGAAAUACCCAAUAUGCGUUGCACGUCGUGCAACAUAAUCGUCAUCUCUCCCCAGGGCAUGUGGAAGGAGUUCGUAUCCAGCUGCCACCUCUCGACGAACGCCAAUAUCAAAGCACAAUCGAUGUGCUGGUGCAUAAUGACCGGUAGUCGGCCGAGGGAAGUGGCAGUAGAACAUCGUUUAGCGCAUCGGACAUAUCCUUCAGUCCGAUGAUGGACUCCACCGGUCUCUUCCUAAUACGGCAAUCCAGAAUCGGAGGCGUACGCUCGGAGCCGUCAUAAAUAAGUUUAGCUAUGUGCCCGCCAUAGCUAGGGAUCAGUCGCGUAUCUGUCGGCCCC